AGCUAUCUCAAAUGUACACGCGUAUUGCAUAAACCAAAAUUAUUGUAACUCUCUGCGGAUUGACUUUUUUAUAUAUAGACUAGAUGUAGAAAAUAAGCUCCCAUGUCCUUUGGUCUGUAAGCUCUCUUCUCUCUCUGCUCCUUACAGGGCUUCGAGUUCUCUUAGGAAAGCGAAAAUGGAGGGAUCUCAGAGCCAUGAGGAACAUCCAUACAUACCUAGAGAUCUAAAGUUGCCAGGUUUCGUGCCAGGUGUCCUCUCACAGUCCACCAUUGUUGGUUUCUAUGCCGUCUCUUCCUUGCUCGUUGUUUCCACCAUUUUCAUCCUCUCCGGGGGAUCACCCAAAAGAUCCAAGACUGAAAGAUGGCUCAUGUGCUGGUGGGCUUUCACAGGCCUCACUCAUAUGAUUCUUGAGGGUUAUUUUGUUUUUUCUCCAGAAUUUUAUAAGGAUAAAACUGCUUGUUACCUGGCUGAAGUUUGGAAAGAAUACAGCAAAGGUGAUUCGAGAUACGCAGCAAGGGAUGCAGGAGUUGUUGCUGUUGAAGGACUAACUGCAGUGUUGGAGGGUCCAGCUAGCCUUUUAGCAGUGUAUGCAGUAGCUACUGGAAAGUCAUACAGCUAUAUACUUCAGUUUGCCAUUUCUCUUGGCCAGCUCUAUGGAACUGCUGCAUAUUUCAUAACCUCUUGGUUGGAAGGCGAUAACUUUGCUGCAAGCCCAUUUUACUACUAUGCAUACUAUAUUGGAGCAAAUGCCUCCUGGGUUGUAAUACCCACACUCAUUUCCAUCCGUUGUUGGAAGAAGAUUUGUGCGGCAUUCCAAGUCCAAGGCCAGAAAAAGACAAAAGUCCGUUGAGUUGUUUUUGAAUUCCUUGAUUCCUGAAGUUUCAGAAUUCUGAUUAUGGAAAUUGUAGUUUCUUUUGAUAUAAUAGUUUUCUCAGUGAUGCACUUACCCCGGGUGAAUCAGAAACAUUGACUCAAGGAUUGCAGUCAGCAAAAUAGACAUUUUUUUGAUAGCACAACUUUCCAAGUAAUUACAAAUUUCUUGCACUAAGAUUGUUUUAGUGAAUGUUUUGCUACGUUAUCAAUAUUUCGAAUUACAAGUUUACUCAUUGAUUGUAUCUAA